AUAGGGAUACAAAGUGUAGAUACAGUGUCCAUCUUCCAGAGGCUUCAUGGCAUGCAGCAUAUAAUGUGUGUGCUUCAAGUAACAAGACACUGGUGACACUGACAUCACUUACUGAGAUGUACUAUAUAGAACUAGUCCUGGAAGAAGUUGAUGAAUUACUCGGAAAAAAAUUCAGUUUAAAAUACUCAGAAGGCCUGUGGGUUGGGGCUUUUUUGAGUUCUUCUAAUAAUGAAAGUAUGCUAGAAAACUGUGAUCAUCUUUAUUCCGAAAUCCCGGUAAAUUUAACUGGUAUAAGCCCCGAUGGGUUGUUUUGUCUUUAUUACAAUCCAGAAGAGCAGAAUCUUGUCACGGAAAACUGCACUUCAGAAAAAAUGUUUAUCUGCGAAAAAGAUGAUGAAGAUUUUGGAGAAUGCAUGAUCAAUUCAUCAAUAUCAGCAUUGCAAAACCAAACUCAGUUGUGCAAUUUUGUCAAUAAUCCAGAUACAGAUUUAAAUCAGUGUGAAAAAAAUUGUUUAGAGAAUGCAGUAUGUUAUACAGUUUCACAUAAGCACCAAAAUAACGUAUGUCAGCAGUACAAGUAUGAUGAUAAGGAAUCGUGUGAUUUAACAGCAAGACGACCUCUGCCAAUUUCCAAAUACAAAAGUAUUUUUCUAUACACCAGUGCUGGGUAUCCCCCAUCAGAGGACGUGCCUCUCGAUCAAUGGUGUCCAGAAGUGAAUCAGAAAGAUAUUCAAGAGAAGAUCGCUAAUAUGCAGAAAAAUUUAACUAUCAAUCGAAAAGAAACAAAUCAGUACACGCGCACUUUGACUAGUGCCCCGGAUGAGAGGACCUCUUCAAAGAAUAUCGGAGUCCUUGGGGCGUUUGUAAUUGGUGCAGUGGGAAGUAUUUUUCUCCUCUCCGACUGCAUAAAUAUUAUCAUUUGGAUACAAAAUAAUCGUGUACACGCCAGAAAUAUUUGACUUUUUCAAGGAAAACUGGAUGUAGAGCAUAAACAUGAAAAAAGGCAACAUCAUUUUAGACGAUAUGUUGUCGACAAUACUUAGAUUGCAUUGUCUGCUUACGAUAAAUGUAAC